AUGCACUCUCCCAAGAAAAAACAAACAACCUCUCUAGCAGUACACACCAAACUGAGCAUGUGCAGAGUGUCUUCAGAUGAUAUAUCUUAUCAGGAGAUAAGAGGGGGACACUGGAAGAUGAGGAGAAUCAGAGAAGAAAGGAUCACACAGCCUUUUUACAGAAUGCAGAGGAAUAACCCCUUAGGUUCCACAGUGAGUAUAACAAGCAUGCUUUACUGCCAGGGGCGGACUGACAACUCAUGGGGCCCCCGGGCAAUAGGGGAUCAUGGGACCCCUGUGUCCUUGCCCAAACUCAAAAAAGCCUAU